GAGGGUGGGGGUUGGGGGGGAAAAAAGUAGCAAUUGUGCCAGGGGGCGUGUGAGCAGCCGGAGAGGCAGCCGCGCUGGUGACAACUUCUCUGGGGCGCGCGCGGGGCUGGCAGGCGAGGAGCGAGCAGGGAGAGCUGCUGAAGCCUGAGCCGGGGGAGCCGCUGGAGCCCCGCGAAGCCGCGGCCCGCGCCCUGCGCCGUCGCCGCCGCCUGCCAGUUUCCUCCGGGUUCUCAGCCCCGGGUGCUUAGGCUUCGGUCUAUAAAUAGCAGGUUACAGCUCCUCCUGGGCGCGCACACGCUCACACGCGAACGCAGGAAAGUCAGGCUAAAAGUGUCUGCUGCUGCUGCCGCCCCCCACUCCGCCUCCGGGAGAGAACCCAGAGAAAUGGUGUUACCUGGCAAGAGAUCUUCUGUCUUUUAUGAAAAAUUAGACAAAGAGGAGACAACAAGACCCAGAAAAGUGAAGAACCUGCCUGAACGUGAUCGGUGGCAGAGUCAGACGUGGAACGCAAGCCUUUUGCUUGUCCUCCUACGUUUUUGAUGCAGAGUUUUUAUAUAGCUCCUUAGCAGGAGGAAGGAACAGAAGGGGCCUUGCAAUCCGAGAGCCUUGAAACCAGCAAAACAAUAAUCAAAGAGCAGUUCAGUCAAGGAAAACGCCAUAACUCAGCACAGGAUUUCAGAGUGUGAUCUCAGAUCUUUAGUGUGAAGAUACAUCUACAUUAAACCAGAAAUCACUGCAAGUGACAUCUGGACAAGAACAUUUGGAAAAUUUUAAAACUGUGAAUGUCGAUCAUGGAAAUUAAAGAGGAAGGGGCAUCAGAAGAAGGGCAGCACUUUCUUCCUACAGCUCAGGCCGAUGAUUCCGGGGACUCUCAGUUCACAAGUAUUCAGAAGACUCCAAAUGAACCACAGUUGGAAUUCAUCCUUGCAUGCAAGGAUCUCGUGGCUCCUGUCCGUGAUCGUAAAUUGAACACACUGGUGCAGAUCUCAGUAAUCCACCCCGCGGAGCAGAGUCUGACAAGAUACUCCAGCACUGAAAUUGUGGAGGGAACAAGGGACCCACUGUUUUUGACUGGUGUCACAUUCCCAUCUGAGUAUCCCAUCUAUGAGGAGACCAAAAUAAAACUAACAGUCUAUGAUGUCAAGGAUAAGUCUCACGACACUGUUCGAACCAGUGUCCUACCAGAACAUAAGGAUCCCCCGCCGGAAGUUGGGCGAAGUUUCUUGGGCUAUGCCAGUUUCAAAGUGGGAGAGCUACUGAAGUCAAAGGAGCAAUUGCUGGCCCUGAGCCUGAGAACUUCAGAUGGUGGCAAAGUGGUUGGCACCAUUGAAGUCAGUGUCGUGAAGAUGGGGGAGAUUGAGAAUGGGGAAGCCGACCACAUCACCACAGAUGUACAGGGACAAAAGUGUGCCCUGGUAUGUGAAUAUACAGCACCAGAAAGUGUGAGCGGAAAAGAUAACCUGCCUUUUUUGAAUUCAGUGUUAAAGAACCCAGUAUGUAAAUUAUAUAGAUUUCCCACAUCUGACAAUAAGUGGAUGCGAAUUCGAGAGCAGAUGUCAGAGAGCAUUCUUUCUUUUCAUAUUCCUAAGGAAUUGAUUUCCCUUCACAUUAAAGAAGAUUUGUGCAGAAACCAGGAGAUAAAAGAACUUGGCGAGCUUUCUCCACAUUGGGACAAUCUGAGAAAAAACGUCCUUACUCACUGUGAUCAAAUGGUGAAUAUGUACCAAGACAUUCUUACAGAACUUAGCAAGGAAACAGGUUCCUCUUUCAAAUCAAGCAGCAGCAAAGGAGAGAAAACAUUAGAAUUCGUUCCGGUAAAUCUACAUCUGCAAAGAAUGCAGGUACACAGCCCUCACUUGAAAGAUGCUCUCUAUGAUGUCAUCACUGUGGGAGCCCCAGCUGCCCAUUUUCAGGGAUUUAAGAAUGGUGGUCUGCGGAAACUACUCCAUAGAUUUGAAACAGAAAGAAGAAAUACUGGGUACCAGUUUAUUUACUAUUCACCUGAAAACACAGCCAAAGCAAAAGAAGUUCUCAGCAACAUCAAUCAACUACAACCUCUUAUAGCAACCCAUGCAGACCUACUGCUUAAUUCUGCAAGCCAGCAUUCUCCAGACAGCUUGAAGAAUUCUUUAAAGAUGCUUUCAGAAAAAACAGAGCUCUUUGUACAUGCCUUCAAGGAUCAACUCGUCAGGAGUGCUCUUUUAGCCCUCUACACUGCAAGGCCGGGAGGUAUUCUUAAGAAGCCACCCUCUCCUAAGAGCAGCACAGAGAAGAGCAGUCCCCAAGACCAACCCCCACUGAUCAGAAGACAAGACUCCAUACCACAUCAUUCAGACUAUGAUGAGGAAGAGUGGGACAGGGUGUGGGCCAACGUGGGGAAGAGCCUGAACUGCAUUAUCGCUAUGGUGGACAAACUGAUUGAAAGAGAUGGUGGCAGUGAAGGCAGUGGCGGCAACAAUGAUGGAGAAAAGGAACCUUCAUUAGCAGACGCCAUCCCCUCUCACCCAAGAGAGGACUGGUAUGAACAGUUGUAUCCCCUCAUCCUUACCCUGAAGGACUGCAUGGGAGAAGUGGUGAACCGAGCCAAGCAGUCCCUGACGUUUGUGCUCCUUCAGGAACUUGCCUACAGCUUGCCCCAGUGUCUGAUGCUGACGCUAAGAAGAGACAUCGUCUUCAGUCAAGCACUUGCUGGAUUGGUUUGUGGUUUUAUCAUUAAAUUACAGACAAGUCUGUAUGACCCAGGCUUCCUACAGCAGCUUCACACGGUGGGGUUGAUAGUACAAUAUGAAGGACUGCUAAGUACAUACAGCGAUGAAAUUGGAAUGCUAGAGGACAUGGCUGUUGGCAUUUCCGAUUUAAAGAAAGUCGCAUUUAAAAUAAUUGAAGCCAAAUCCAAUGAUGUGUUGCCAGUUAUAACAGGAAGACGCGAACAUUACGUGGUAGAGGUCAAGCUUCCAGCCAGAAUGUUUGAGUCGCUACCUCUACAGAUUAAAGAAGGACAGUUGCUUCAUGUAUAUCCAGUACUCUUUAAUGUUGGAAUCAAUGAACAGCAAACUCUGGCUGAGAGGUUUGGAGAUGUCUCUUUGCAAGAAAGUAUUAAUCAGGAAAACUUUGAACUUCUACAAGAAUAUUACAAGAUAUUUAUGGAAAAGAUGCCUCCUGAUUACAUUUCGCAUUUUCAGGAACAAAAUGAUUUAAAAGGAUUACUAGAAAAUCUCCAUCAAAAUAUUCAAUCCAAAAAAAGAAAGAAUGUAGAAAUUAUGUGGCUGGCUGCAACGAUUUGCCGCAAACUAAAUGGUAUUCGUUUCACCUGUUGUAAAAGUGCCAAAGACAGGACAUCGAUGUCAGUGACACUUGAACAGUGCUCCAUCUUGAGAGAUGAGCACCAGCUGCACAAGGACUUCUUCAUCCGAGCACUGGAUUGCAUGAGAAGAGAAGGAUGCCGCAUAGAGAAUGUACUGAAGAAUAUCAAAUGCAGAAAGUAUGCUUUCAACAUGCUACAGCUGAUGGCUUUCCCCAAGUACUACAGACCUCCAGAGGGGACUUAUGGAAAAGCUGACACCUAAGUUUACCAACAUGUUAAUAAACAGGAACACAAAUACGUUUCAGUUGGACAAUCUUCACCUUGGUCUUUUUUGGUUUUGUUCUUAUUGUCAUGAAUUUGUGGUGGGGAAGAUGAUCACAGAUGUUUGCCAAAAUCUAGAAAUUACUUGAAUUCAUUAUCAGCAUAUUACUCUGAAAGAAAUCCAUUUUCAAAAAUCUUUCUUACAGGAUGCAGUCCUGUCAUCUCUAGUUCUAAGCUUCUAUGUGUUGAGCCUAGCUGAUUGAGAUUAGUUCACAACGUGUAAAUUUUAUUCAUGAGUAUUUAAAUGUUUCUGAGAAAACAUGAAUCCUUUCCAUAGGACUAGAGGUGUUUCAGAGAGCACCACUGUCUGUCCAACUGAAGGGAGGAGAGGGGAAAAGGAACAGAGAUUUUUGGUGAUACUGCUCAACAGCCUGCAAGAACACAGUUAACCUGAGAAUCAAUACUAAGGGAUUUAAAAAAACAUGUAGCCGCUUAUAAUUAGGUAGAGUUAACUCAUCAUCUGGAAUACUGAGGCAGUUUGCAGGUGUGUUCCACAGUGAUCAUCCAGUCAGGAUGUGACUCAUCCCCUUGAACAGGCACAUGCAUAGAGUGAGUAAAGCAGUCAACAGACCUUUCAAAACCAUGGCAUCUUUUCAGAACUCUGACUUGGGCUGCGUGAUCUAGCUGUGGAAGUAGCAAUAUAGAACAUUUAAUAGAAUGAUAGGCAAAACACUGCAAUAAUCUAAAAUUGCAAGGAAAAUAGAAAUCAACAAUAUGUUGAUACCCAAAAUGUGAGGCUGAGGUGGGCGGUUCACCUGAGGUCAGGAUUGCAAGACCAGCCUGACCAACAUGGGGAAACCCAGCCUCUACUAAAAAUACAAAAUUAGCCGGGCAUGGUGACACAUGCCUGUAAUCCCAGCUACUCGGGAGGCUGAGGCAAGAGAAUCACUUGAACCUGGGAGGUGGAGGUUAUGGUGAGCCAAGAUUGCCCCAUUGCACUCCAGCCUAGGCAACAAAAGCAAAACUCCCAUCUCAAAAAAAAAAAAAAAAAAGAAAAAGAAAGAAAAGAAAAGAAAAUCCCAUCAGCCUGAACUUUCUGACUUGAUGUUGUGAAGUGUGGAAGUAUCUCUGGAAUGUUUUCUAGCAGUCAUCUUGGUGUAAGCAUGCAGUAUAGCAUAGGUUCAUGUAUGUUAAUAAGCCUUUAACCACAACAAAUGAUCAACUAAAACAAUUAUUUUCUGUUACCCGAAUUUCAAACUUGCCCUUACUCAGUAAAAUAACAACAUUGUUAAGUUUUCUAACAUCCCAAUGUAGAAGUUUCCUUAAAUAUCAUCUUGUAUAAUACCAUUAUUCAAAAAUGGGUAAGGUUAGUCCCCCUCAAUCAGCCAGCAAGAUAACUGCAGAAUUAGAAUUACAAUCCCUUCUUACUUUCCUAGUCUGUGGCUUGUUCUAUCUCUAAAUUGCUCUGCUAAAUAUGCAUGAAAAUUGAGAAAGAAUGCUAGUUAAAAAGAACUUAGGAUUUAUCACUGGAAUUGAAGCUAAGAAUACAAAAGUCUGAAUGAAUGAAACUUUUUUCUCCAAAUUUUAAGAAUUUAUUCUUGUUCCUUUGUCAUCAGAAGAGCAUGCUAUCCAAAGCAUAAAUCUCCCUUGAAAAUAACAGAGGCUUAUUAAGCCCUCUCUUAGCUGUGAUCGAUGGAUAUUAGCUCCUUGCCUAAGAUUCCUGUUGAAAUAAGGAUUCCAAAAACAUUUCUAGCCCCAUGUCAAGUUUUUCAAAUUAUUACAAAUUUUAGAUAACCAUUUGGGGCUUUUUAUACUAGAAUUAUCAAUGUUUUAUUUUAGAUAAUUACCUGUGGGCAUUAUGCUUGAGGCAGGUACCUUUUUAAUGAAAAUGUGCUGUACACUUUGAAUCUAUUUGUAGACAAAUUACCUUGAUGUCCUCUUUUACCUCAUUCUUUAUUUUACUGUUUAAAUACAACCUUUGAGUAGUAGGGUUUGUGGUUAUUUUCAUUCCUCAUGUUUAAGAUAAAGAGGCUGGGAAGACAGAGGCCGCCUUAAAUAGCUGUGAAGCCUCAUUCGGCAUAUCAAAUGGCACUCUGAGUUCUAGAAACCUUAAGUAAUUUAUCAUCCUGUAAAUACUUUUAGAAUUUUUAUUUGUAUCUUUAAAAAAUGAAAGUAUUUGACUAAAAUUUGGAAAAAUAUUAACUAGAAAGCCAACGACAGGGUUUUCUAUUUUUAUUUUUCUUCUUCUUAUUUUUAAAGAUGGGGUUUGACCAUGAUGGCCAGGCUGGUCUUGAACUCCUGGCCUCAGGUGAUCCACCCACAUCGGCCUCCCAAAGUGCUAGGAUUACAGGUGUGAGCCACCAUGCCCGCUGGGUUUUCUGUUUUUAAAAGACAUUUUAAGAAUUUUUAAAAAUAAAUACUAAUAAAGAAGUCUCAAAUGAUAGAGUUUAUUGUAAAACAAAUGCUUAUGAAUUUUCAUUCAUUAGCAUAGUCAUCUGCAUUUCCUUAUAGAAAGGCUGUACUGGUGCAAACUUCAAAAAGCAGAUUUCAUCAAGAAAAUGUGCUUUAUAGAGACAACAAUAUUGCUCCUUUCCUGAGAGAUAGUUCAAAUACUUGAACAACCACUUCACUACUUCUGAAGUUAUUAAAGCUAAAUUAAAGAGCAAAUGUUAAAAAUAAAAGUGUUUAAAUCUCCCUUGAACAAACACAGCCACAGUCAUACUAUUCUGUCUAUAUUUUCACUUAAAAGAUACACCAGCAGACCUAUUUCAGGUUAUAUUGAGCCAAAAAUAUGAACUGAGCAAAUGACAUUUCCAAACUUUUUUUGCUCAAAAUUAAUAUGUUCUCCUCUGAUAUUAAAUGCAGAUAUCAAUUCUGGAUUAGUUAUUUACUGAGCACUAAGGAAAACAUAUUUAAAGACAAGGAAACCAUUCAUUUACAUCUCACAUCAUUGUUUUUCUCUUAGAAAUAUUGCCUUGAGUUUUGCCUGCACUCUGCCAAAACAAGCCCUGAACAGAGUUUGGUCAGUCUCAUAAUUCAGUGAGUCGAGCAACCAUUUGAUCCAGGUGAUACAUUGUACUAAAUGACAAACUGCCCCUUCAGGAAAGAGCUCCAUGGACGCAGCCUCCAGGCCUUAUAAGACUAACCCCUCUUGUGAAAAUCUCUGAAGACUUAAAAAAGCAAGCGCUUGGAUGGAGGAUACUUCCUUGUUAUCCUUCAACUAUGUAUCACAUUUUACAUUAAAUAAGAGGUAAAAAAGGAAAGAAACUGAUUUGUAUAAAGUAAUGCCUUUCUUCCCAAGCAAAUCAAAGCUCUCCCUAUGUAAAAGUUGAUAGUGUACCAAUUGGUGGGCUGGAACUUGCUUGUUCUGACUCAUGAACACUGAUAAUUAAAUUAUCAGAAAUUCUAUAGGCUAGUUGUUACAACCAUUAUUAAAUAUGAAAUUAUAAAAUGCAAUGGAAUACAUUUUACAAAAAACAAAGGUAAUAAUCAAAACAUACUACUUCCCAAUUAUUUUACUACCUUAUAUUAUUUAUCAAUACUCUUGAGUCUAUUUAGGUCUACUGCAUCUUUACAGUGAAAACAGGAUACAGUAAUGUGCUACUUUGGGUCUCCUCCUAACCGCAGAUUCAAAAACAUCAUGUUGGUAGCUUGAAACUGUCCACAGUAGGAGUAUUUACACCAUAGAAACUGGCAAAUGCUACAAACUAGCAAUUUUAAUUCUUAGAAAGGCAGUUGUUAAACAUUUACCAGCACACAGUGAAUGCCAUCAUCUUUUUUCCUAUUAAGAAAUAAAUUAUAGGAAGCAGUAUAAAAUUAUUAAAAUGAUAUUAAAUGCAACCCCUUAUCUUCAGAUGGCUAUAAUUUUGUUUUGGUUUUUACCUAAUUUAAGGUAUUCUAUUAGAUUAAGAGUCAUAUUUGAUAUGUAGAUUUUAUCCAUAAUUAAAUUAUUAAAUCAAUUUUUCUCUUGAUAAUACUUUGCAGGAGAAUUCUUAGCAAUUCAACUGUAGUCUAAGAAAUAACUCAAGGCUAAAUUCAGGGAAAUGUUAGCCCAAUCAGAUAUUACUGAAAUUGUACUUCACCAUCUAUUUUGGAGUUUAUAAUUUUGGCAUUUACUAAAAGUAGAAAGAAACAGUAACAUAUUACUGUGCCCAGAUUCUAAUAAAUAUAGCUCAAUUGAAACCUAAACUGUUACAUUAAACAAAUUACACUUUGGCAGUAUGCUAAAUCACCACAGAUGUUUUAGGUGUUUGAUUGCCAAGCAGGAUGGUAUAUCAUUUGUUUAGUUCAAUACAAGACACCAUUUGUAGUCUUUUAGGAAAUAAAUUAACUUUUAUCACAGAUUUAGGAAACUUGUCUAAAAAAACUGUGAUCAUCAGUUACAGAGGGAAGCAAACAUAUUGAACACAAGGCAUCGUAGUAGUAGCUGGAGGCCUUACAAAUUAUACACGACUAAAAAGAACGAUUUGGUGAGAGAGGUGUAUAGUUGACUGACAGUUUUUACUGUGAAUUCACAUUAAUUUAACUCAGCUGCAAUCUACCUAAGCUAUGCAUUUCCCCCCCAUAUUUACGUUUCUUAGCUUAUAAAGUCCCAAUAUAUUAUAUCUUUUGUCGCUUUGACAGUUUUAAAUUAGAGAUCUGUAAUCACAGAGAUGCCACCUAUAGCAAAAACUGUCUUUAAGAAUAGGAAAGUAAAAUGAAUGUUUUAGAUAAAAUGUUGCAAGCCAUUAGGUGUAGAGUUAAUAUAUGAAAAUUAGCAUUUGUUUUCUUUCUGAAUCAUGGUGCACAUUAAUCACUCACUCAUUGAAUUUUAUUUCUAAGCAAGUAAGAGAAUCAAACAUUUCUAAAUUAAAAGAAACAUGUUUUGUUAUUAAUAACAAGGAGAUAGGAAAAAUAGUAAGGUAAUAUAAACAGAAACAAGUAAUGAAAUUAGCUGUCCUGAGUUGGAAAUUUUACAGACUGCAUGCAUACUUAGAAUUUUAAAUUUUUAAAAAGUUUACAGUUGAGUGUGGUACCCAGAGAGAGUGAAGAUCAAGGGAAAGAAGACCUAAUAGAAGUGAUGUUGCCUGAUAAAUCGUAUCUUGCCACAUAUAUAUAUAUAUAUAUAUAUAUAUAUAUAUGUCAAUGCAGUUUUUUAGGAAGAAUAUAUGCCCUUUCACACUCACACUAUAAAUACAUUCACAAUAUUCCUUAAAUAAUCUAAGUAACCCCCAGAUCAUGAAAGGUCAUGAUCCAGCUGUUUAUCUUCAGUGAUGACCUACUGCACUGACAGGCAACAUUGACUUAAAUUUUGGCAAGAUGGUUAUAUUAUCUAGAUAAUUCUUGUGUUGUUUUUAUGUCACUAUCAACAUUUAAUAUAUUUUAUGUUAAACAACAAACUUUCAAAAGUUUGACUGCAUAAAACUGUGUGGGCACUCUCUUCACUGCAAACAAACAAUACUUUGUAUACAUACACUUUUCAUGUGGAUAGUUUUAUUAUUUUAUUAAACCUCACAUUUAACUUUCAGAUUUUUGUGGUACUCAUCUGAAAGGUUGGCAUUUGUUCUCUUUUUAUGUUAAAUAUAUAUUUUAGAUGAACCAAUAAUGUGUAUUCCUAGAAAAUAGGAAUUUUUUCUAGGCACAAAUAGACUACAUCAUUUUAUAUUGGCAUUUGAAGGCAUAUCAUUUUUGUUUUAUUGUUCUGUGUAAACCAUAUUCAUUGUACACUGUGUGUAUAUUUUUGUUUAAAUAAAUGUGAUUUUUAUUUUUUA